CACAGUGGAGUAGUCGUAGGAUUUUGGACAGAGUCCCAAAAGAAAAGUAAUUUAGCGUACACAAGUUUUGCGAGCAUGGACACAUGGUUGGGUCCCACCUUCUGUAAUACUCUUCCCCUCUCCUUCCCAAUCUCUGCAAGAAUCCUCUCAUCGUCAUUUUCUUCUUCCUCUUCAAUGGCUGCCUCUCCAUCACACCAUCGCUUCCACCAUCAUCGCCGAUGUUACUCCAACCCUAACCCUUCUCAGCCUCAGCCUGCCUUGCUGGUCUUCUCCGGAGGCACCGCCUUCAACGGCGUCAUCGAAGAGCUCAAGAAUUUCACAGACCGCGUUGCGCACGUUCUUCCUGUUUCCGACGAUGGUGGAAGUACUGCGGAGAUUGUUCGUGUUCUUGGUGGUCCUGCUGUUGGAGACAUACGUUCCAGGUGUCUGAGGUUGUCCGAUCAAAGUACCGUUGAGGCUCUCGCGGUUCGGAAUUUGCUUGGGCAUCGUCUACCACUGGAUCCACUUCAAGCUAAAUCAGAAUGGUACUCUAUCGUGGAAGGUGAUCAUGUUUUAUGGAAAGAUGUGUCAAAACCCUACAGGGAGACUAUUCGAGCUUUUCUGGUUUAUUUCCAGAAUCAGAUUCUCCGCCGGGCAGAAGAGUCAUUUUGUUUCAGCAACGGCAGCAUUGGAAAUUUUUUUUUUGCAGGAGCACGCAUAUUUUUUCAGUCCUUGGAUGCUGCAAUAUUUUUGUUUUCACGGGUUUCAGAUAUUCCCCCUGAAAGCCUGGUUCUACCUGUGAUUUCAACCAAUGACAGACUUACGUUAGGGUGUGAAUUGUGGGAUGGAACUAUUAUACGGGGACAAAAUGAAAUUUCUCAUCCAACCAGAGGAACAAUUGAGCUUAUUAAGAAGGGAAGUUUUUCGACUCCAGCACUUCCUUCAAGAAUAAAACGAGUGUUCUACAUGUCAAGUGAGGGAAAAAAUUUGCUGCAUGAGGUCUUUCCCUCAGUUAAUGCGGCUGUGUUAGAGUGGUUAAAUAAUGUGAACUGCAUUGUGUAUGGCAUGGGGUCUCUUUUUACUUCAAUCUGCCCCUCACUGGUGUUACUGGGAAUUGGGGAGAUUAUUUCUUCAAGGUCCUGCCUCAAGGUACUUAUGUUAAAUGGUACUUGGGACCGGGAAACUAAUGGAUUCUCAGCUUCUUGUUUUGUAACUGCCAUUACGGAUGCUCUAAAUCGAACAUAUGGAGAACCUAGCAAUCGCUUACAGAAUCUUCCAAAUCACUAUAUAAAUACCCUUUUGGUGCCGAGAAAUGGUGAAAUUCCAGUUGAUAUCGACAGUUUGGCUGCCCAAGGAAUAUUUGACGUGAUAGUUGUUGACUCCAUACGAGAUCCUAAAGUGGGUAUAAUUUAUGACCCGAGUUCACUGAUUAGAUCUCUGGCUGACUUAACAGACAGGUACAUGAAGUCGCAAGUUAAUGGCUUAAUUGAUACCAAACGGUAAUCAUUAAAAAAUAGCCACUGAAAUUAUCAUCAUUUGAUUGUGAAUCUUCCUGUAGAAUAACAGUGAGUGAGACUAAGGGAAAAUGUAUGAUAUAUGUAACUUUUUCCAGGAUUAAAAAUAGUUGCUGUUUUAGGAACUUGUUGUGAAUGUAAUUUGAUAACGAUUUAAUAUGCUUUCAACUUUUUCAUUCAA